GAUUUGUGUGCGAUAGUCUAUUUAUAAGGCAAUGCCUGGGUGUAUAGAUAGGGGAGCAGAGAUGUGAGAAAGCAAAGGAAGAAGGAGGCCAAUUCAGUGUGUGUUAAUGAGCAGAGUUACUGAGCAGGGUUAUUGCUGUGGGCAGUUGGAGCUUAUAUUCAUGAGGACUUCUGGAAACUACUGUAGAAUGCCUGGGGUGACACCCACCAACUUCCACCCUACCUCUGCCUUCUCUGGCCUGCCCUGCAUGCAAGCUGAACAGACUUCUGUGGCCAAAGAAAGUCCUUAGUCCAAGAAUCACAGGUACUUGCAGUAGGAAGCAUCAGUGUGCACCUAGUAGUGAAUGCCAACAGAUAUGGGUGGAGAACUGACAGCAUCUGUUAGGGAAAGUUAUAAGAAAAAAUUUAUUACAAAGGUCUUCAAAUCACUGAUAAUCACAGUGCUUUGUGUGGUAACCCAUUCAUUUGCAAAGCUUUAAAAUAUUCCCAGCUCUAGAAAGCUUAAUACAUUCUUCUAGGGGUAGUGAUGGCUGGAAAGAUGAAAGACUGGAAAGAGUGGGCAGUGAUUGUUAUUUCCAUUUUACCUAUGGAAAAAGUGGUUACAUGAAUAGGCUGAGGUCACCAAAUUUUACAGUGAUAAAGCUGUAACCAGAGUCAAAGUUUGCAUAGCCCUUGCCUGGGACACUUUCUCUGAGGCUGUACAUCAACAUGUAUAGCACAUCUAAGAAACAUGGCCCAUAAGAUGAAAUUUCAAGGGGUCACUAGGGCAGCAAAGUGACCCACUGCUGUGGCCUAUGUUGUCUUUGGUAUAGUGACAAGAACAGUAGUGUUGGUAUCAGACAAAUUAAAAUUCAAAUGUUGAUUCUACCAGUUACAAACUCUAAACCUUGGUUAAGCCACUUAUCUUCCCCAAACUUCGUUUCCUAAUUUUCUAAAUGUGGGUAAUAAUACCUUCCAUGUGAGUUUGCUGUAAGGAUUAACCAAGAUAAGAAGUGGGAAAGAGCUUCAUAAACUGCUCAGUGGCAUACAUAAAAGACAUUAACAAAAUAGUCCAAGAGAUGAAGUCAAAAUAGCAUUUCCAUGGAGACUGUGAAACUGAAGCAAAACUUUAGUUGUUUUUGUAUGAUUUUAGAAAUCUUUUUUUAAAGCUUGGAAUUAAAACUGAUGGAAUUGAAGUGCUGGGAGAUUAGGAGAAGAGCUUGAGUUUGAGCUCAUAAUCCUCCUUUGCAGCAACAUAUUGACAAAGUAAUGCUCAGGAGUGAAGGAUUUUCAUGGCACAGGUAAUCCAUCCAGUUAGCUACUUCCCACAGAUAACAGCUAACCCAGGCCAAAGAAGCAGAGCCAUGGGAAAAGAGUACAGGAACUCCCCAACACCAAAAUUUUCAUGGCCUGUCCAUGACCUAAGCAUUAUGCAAGGGAAAUACCUAAGGGAAAAAAAAAAUGUCACCAGUAUUACUUAAAAGAACACGGUGACAAAGAUAUAUUUCCACGGGCUAGGUAGAGUCAUCCUGGUUAGCAAAUCCUAAACUUCCAACAAAUACAUUUUGGUCUUUUGGUGUCUGGCUCAUUUGGGACUUCAGUUGCAAUUUUGAAAGGUGGGGAAGACUCUAUGAUGUAGGCCUUGACCUCAGAUGUGGAUUUCCACUCCAUCUACACCACUUACUGGUUCUGUUACCUCAUGCGGUGUAAUUUUCUUCUUGACAAUUCAUUCAUUCACUCAGUAAACAUGAAAAUCUCCUUGGAGCUACUUUGUGGAAAAGAAAAAUGAGUCAAAAGGGUAAUUCUAAGGACUGUCAGGAAUGAGAAGUGUGUUUGGGAUGGGGAGACCUAAACCUGUUUGUGUGCAGAGAGAAAGAACUCACAGAGAUGGAGAUAUUUAAGGUUUAAGAACAUGAGAUGGAGGCAAGAACCCAGAUGAGAGUGUUAUCUUUAGGAAAAAGGAAGGUCCACCUUCUAUGUGUUUACAUAUGCAUGCUGUUUUUGUCAGGUGCCAUCGAGUCGAUUCCAACUCAUAGCGACCCAAUGCAUAAUAGAACAAAACACUGCCCGAUCCUGAGCCAUUCUUAAAAUCACUGUUACCUUGAGCUCAUUGUUGCAGCCACUGUGUCAGUCCAUCUAGUUGAGGGUCUUCCUCUUUUUGGCUGACCCUUCACUUUACCAAGCAUGAUGUCCUUCUCCAGGGACUAGUCCCUCUUGAUAACACGGUCAAAAUACGUGAGACGUAGUCUCACCAUCUUUGCUUCUAAGGAGCAUUCUAGAUGUAUUUCUUCCAAAACAGAUUUGUUCGUUUUUUUGGCAGUCCAUUGUAUGUUCAAUAUUCUUCACCUACACCAUAAUUCAAAGGCAUCAAUUCUUCUUCGGUCUUCCUUAUUCAUUGUCCAGGUUUCACAUGCAUGUGAGGCAAUUGAAAACACCAUGGCUUGGGUCAGUAGCCCUUUAGCCUGCAAGGUGACAUCUUUGCUUUUUAAUACUUUAAAUAGAUCUUUUGCAGCAUGUUUGCCCAAUGCAGUAUGUCAUUUGAUUUCUUGACUGCUGCUUCUAUGGGUGUUGAUUGUGGAUCAAAGUAAAAUGAAAUCCUUGACAACUUCAGUCUUUUCUCCAUUUAUCAUGAUGUUGCUUAUUGGUUCAGUUGUGAGGAUUUUAGUUUUUUAUGCAUAUGCAUAUGGGCUGUGAUAUAGUUGAAAGAUGCUGGUUUCCUCUUCCAAAACCAAAAACUAAACCAGUUGCCAUUGAGUCGAUUUUAACUCAUGAUAACCCCAUGUGUGUCAGAGUAGAACUAGGCACACAACAACAACAUUAUAAGUACUUUACAUCAAUUAACUCAAUUCUUACAAUUCCAUAAUGAGAGUGAGGAAUGGAUAGGCUAAGUGACUUGUAUGAGCCAUGCAGGCACUAAGUGGGAGAGUUGGGAUUUGAACCCAUGCAUCUACCUCUAGGGACUGGAUGCUUUAUCUCCACCUCUGAAUUGUGGUAUUGAGUACCUUACAACCUAGGUGAUCUCUAAGAUCCUAAAAGAGGCUAACUUCUGAUAAGUCCAUGAAAUUAACUUUUUAGACAUACUGGUAGUUUCUUGAUUUUUCCUGUAGUUCCAAAGCACUUUUCUUCCAUGAAUUCACUGGUCAAUGGUGUAAGUAGAAAUCAAGUUCUUAUUUUUCUCAGCCAGAGCCAUUGGAAAUUGCCUCAGCACCUCUCUGGAAUGGCUCAUCAUGUGCAAAGCUUGACACAGCCUCAAGAUGGCAGCAUUAACUCAAAGAUGGAUGGACAGCAACUCGUGUCUGGCCUUGAACUAAUUCAAAAGUAAAAAUUGGUCUCUUUCUUAGCCUUUAUUUUCCUAAAACCUCAAGGUAUACCUAUUUGGAGGUAAAGUGUCAAAUUAAUAGUGUGAGGAUAUCAGUGAAGGAGCCAGAGAAGUCAAAGCAGGAAGUAUUCGCCUUGGAAUGAAGAAAUUUUGGAGAGAGAAAAGAAAGAGGAUGUAUUUAGUUCCAUGAGGAGCUGAUGAGGUUCAAAGAACUUAGUAAUUUUCUAAGUUAUUAGUUCAGUCAGCAGCAGAUUCUCUCGCUUGACAAAAUCCAGGACCAUUCCACUUUAUCAUACUAAUAGUCUUCAUUUUAAACAGUUUUUUAGAAUAUUAAACAUUGAUAAAGGAGAUUACUUAAUUAUUGUAUAGAAUCAGAUGUUUAGGCUAGAUUGUCUCAGUUGUUAAAGUGUUGAACCUACAGGUGAAGUCUCCUCUCCUUCCCUCCCCUCCCUUCCUAUCUCCUUACCUUCCCUCUUUUUUCCUCUCCUGGGGGAUGUAUUGAUCAAAUAAAAUGAUGAGGAGGAAAUUUAAGUUGGACUUAGCGUGGAUCAGGAGAUAACUGGCGAGGAGAAUGGAGGUUAGAUGCUACAAGAGUCUGAGAGUGCUGCAAACAUAUCCAUGGUCUCUUAUCACCCAGCUUGCCACCUGCUUGGCCACUUCUUAUUUUUUCCUUUAUAGAACAUCUUAAUUUUUAUUCUAACAGCAAAUUUUUCCAUGAAAAUAUUUUCAUGACAGGAAAGAAAAAGAUGGAUAAAAAAGCUUCAUUUUUAAUAUUGAACAUACUGGAACAUCCAUAUUUAUUCAACAAGCGUUUGUCGAAAGUUCUGCGGUUCUAAACCACCGGCGGCUCCUCAGGAGAAGGAUGUGGCAGCCUACUUCCCUAAAGAUUUACAGCCUUGGAAACUCCAUGGGGCAGUUCUGCUCUCUUGUACAGUCGUUAUGAGUUGGAAUUCUACUCAAUGGCAGGGCAUUUGGGUUGGUGAUGAGAAGCAGGAACAUCCCUAGAUAUUGAAAGUAUCCGUGUUCUUGCACAUCAGUUCCCAAAGUGGAGGACUAGAGCAGAGCGCACAAGUAUAUAGCCUUUGGGUCAGAGAGACUUGAUCCAAAUUCUUGCUCUGCCACAUACAAGCUAUGUGAUCUUGGGCAGAUUAUAAAAAUUUUCUAUACUUAAGGGCUUUUUAAAUAAACUUUUUAUUUUAGAAUAGUUUUGUAGUUACAGAACACUUACACAGAUAGUAUAGAGUUUUCAUACACCCCACACUCAAUUUCUCCUACUAUUAAACUUUUAUAUUGGCAUGGUGUAUUUUUUACAAUUAAUAACCCCAUAUUGAUACAUUAUUAUUAACUAAAGGCCACGUUUUAUUCGUAUUUCUUUAGUUUUUACUUAAUGUCCCUUUUCUAUUCCAGAAUUCCAUCCAGAAUACCACAUUACAUUUAGUCAUUAAGUCUCCUUAGAUUCUUCUUGGCUGUGACAGUUUCUCAGACUUUCCUUGUAUUUCAAGCGUACUGGUCAGGUGUUUUAUAGAAUGUCCCUUGAUUGGAAUUAACCCGAUGUUUUUUUCAUGAUUAGGAUGGAUUUAUAGAUUUUGGGAGGAAGAUCACAGAAGAAAAGUCCAUUCUUAUUACAUCAAAUUAAAGGUCCAUACUGUCAACAUUACAUACCACUGUUGAUGUCAGCCUUGGUCACCUGGAUGAGGCGGUGUUUGGCAGGUUGUUCCAUUGUAAAGUUACUCCCCUCCCCCUUUCCAUACUAUACUCUUUGGAAGGAAGUCACUGUGUAACCCACACUUAAGGAAUGAAGAGUUAGUUCCUACUUCCUUGAGGGGGGAUUAUAUACUUAGCAUAAUUCUGAAUAUAUCUGUCGAGUGUCCCUCACUUUUUGUUUAUUCAAUGAUUUAUUUAUGUAAGUAUGGACUCAGGUAUAUUUAUUUUAUACAUUGGGUUAUAACCCAAUACUACUUUAUUUUCUUGCUCUAAUCCUUUCAGCUUUGUGCAUUGGAAACUCUCUCAGUUGUCUCCUGUGUUGCUAUGACAUGAUAUUUUGAGCACUUAUUUAUUUUCUGGAACUACGAGAUGCUUCAGGAUCAUUUUGGAUAUUUCCUGCCCCAGUCCUAGAAGCAAUCAUUUCUUCAAGGAGACCUGGUCCCUUUCAUUGGAUAAUAGUAUUAGAAACCAAAAUCUGGGUGCUAGGGGUAUACUGAAGUUUUCAUGUAUGUCAAAUAGGAAAGACAAUACAUUCCUCACAGAGUUGUGUGAAAAUUAAGUAAAAUAACAAAUAUAUAAUACUUAACAAAGGGCUUGAAACAUAGGAAGCACCCAGUAUAUGCUAACUCAGUAGGUUGUUGUUUUUAGGUGCCGUUGAGUCACUUCCGACUCACAGCGACCCUAUGUACCACAGAACAAAACACUGUCCAGUCCUGUACCAUGGUCACAAUUGUUGUAAUCCAUUUUUGCAGUCACUGUGUCAAUCCAUCUUCUUGAGGGUCUUCCUCUUUUCCACUGACUCUAUACUUUACCAAGCAUGAUGUCUUUCUCCAGGGACUGAUCCUCCAUGACAACAUGUCCAAAGUGUGUAAGACCCAGUCUCGCCAUCUUCGCUUCUAAUGAAUAUUCUGGGUGUACUUCUUCCAAGACAGAUUUGUUUGUUAUUUUGGCCGUCCAUGGUAUAUUCAGUAUGCUUUGCCAACACCACAAUUCAAAGGCAUCAAUUUCUCUUCAGUCUUCCUUACUUAUUGUCACCUUUCACAUACAUAUGAUGCAAUUGAAAAUACCUGGACUUGGGUCAAGAAUACCUUAGUCUUCAAGGUGACAUCUUUGCUUUUCAGCACUUUAAAGAGAUCCUUUGCAGCUGAUUUGCCCAAUGCAAUGCGUCUUUUGAUUUCUUGACUGCUGCUUCCAUGGGUGUUGAAUGUGGAUCCAAGGAAAAUGAAAUCCUUGACAACCUCAAUCUUUUCUCCUUUUACCAUGCUGUUGCUUAUUGGUCCAGUUGUGAGGAUUUUUGUUUUCUUUAUGUUGAUGUGUAAUCCACAUUGAGGCUGUGAUCUUUGAUUUUCAUCAGUAAGUGCUUCAAGUCCUCUUCACUUUCAGCAAGCAAGGUUGUGUCAUCUGCAUAACCCAGGUUGUUAAGAGUCUUCCUCCAAUCCAGAUGCCCCAUUCUUCUUUACAUAGUCUAGUUUAUUGGAUUAUUUGCUCAGCAUACAGAUUGCAUAAGUCUGGUGAAAGGAUACAACCGUGACACACAUCUUUCCUGACUUUAAACCACGCAGUACACCCUGUUCUGUCCAGACAACUGCCUCUUGGUCUAUGUACAGGUUCCUCAUGAGCACACUUAAAUGUUCUGGAAAUUCCCAUUCUUCACAAUGUUAUCCAUAAUUUGUUAUGAUCCACACAGUCGAAUGCCUUUGCAUAGUCAAUAAACACAGGUAAACACCCUUCUGGUAUUCUCUGCUUUCAGCCAUGACCCAUCUUACAUCAGCAAUGAUAUCCCUGGUUCCACAUUUUCUUCUGAAUCCAGCCUGAAUUUCUGGCAGUUCCCUGUCAAUAUACUGCUGCAGCUGAUUUUGAAUGAUUUUCAGCAAAAUUUUCCUUAAUGUGAUGUUAAUGAUAUUGUUAGAUAAUGUUCACAUUUGGUUGGAUCACCUUUCCUGAGAACAGGCAUAAACAUGGAUCCCUUCCAGUAGAUUGGCCAGGCAGCUGUCUUCCAAAUUUCUUGGCAUGAACGAGUGAGCACUUCCAGCACUGCAUCUGUUUGUUGAAACAUCUCAGUUGAUAUUCCAUCAAUUCCUGGAGCGGUGUUUUUCGCCAGUGCCUUCAGAGCAGCUUGGAUUUCUUCCUUCAGUACCAUCUGUUCCUGAUCAUAUGCUACCUCUUGAAAUGGUUGAACAUCGACCAAUUGUUUUUGGUAUAAUGACUGUGUAUUCCUUCCAUCUUCUUUUGAUGCUUCUUGUAUCGUUUAAUAUUUUCCCCAUAGAAUCUUUCACUACUGCAACUUGAGGCUUGAAUUUUUUCUUCAGUUCUUUCAGUUUGAGAAAUGGAGAGCAUGUUCUUCCCUUUUGGUUUUCCAUCUCCAGCUCUUUGCACAUGUCAUUAUAAUACUUUACUUUGUCUUCUCGAGCCAUCCUUUGAAAUCUUCUGUUCAGCUCUUUUACUUCACCAUUUAUUCCUUUUGCUUUAGCUGCUCCACAUUCAAAAGCAAGUUUCAGAGCCUCUUCUGACAUCCAUUUUUGUUUUUUUUCUUUCCUGUCUUUUUAAUGACCUCUUGCUUCUUCGUGUAUGAUGUCCUUGAUGUCAUUCCGCAACUCAUCUGGCCUUUGAUCAUUAGUGUUCAACAAGUCAAAUCUAUUCUUCAGAUGGUGGGAUAUACUCAAGUUCAUAUUUUGGGUCUUGUGGACCUGUUCUAAUUUUCUUCAAUUUCAACUUGAACUAGUAUAUGAGCAAUUGAUGAUCUGUUCCAAAAUCGGCUCCUGGCCUUGUUCUGACUGACAACAUUGAGCUUUUCCAUUGUCUCUUUCCACAGAUGUAGUCGAUUUGAUUCUUGUGUGUUCUGUCUGGUAAGGUUCAUGUGUAUAGUCGCUGUUCAUGUUGGUGAAAAAAGGUAUUUAUAAUGGAGAAGUCAUUGGUCUUGGAACAUUCUGUCAUUCAAUCUCCAGCAUUGAUUCUAUCACCGAGGCCAUAUUUUCCAACUACUGAUCCUUCUUGUUUGUUUCCAACUUUCACAUUCCAAUCAGUAAUAAUUAUCAAUGCAUCCUGAUUGCAUGUUUGAUCAAUUUCAGACUGCAGAAGCUGGUAAAAAUCUUCAAUUUCUUCAUCUUUGGCCUUAGAGGUUGGUGUGUAAAUUUGAAUAAUAGUUGUAUUGACUGGUUUUCCUUGUAGGUGUAUGGAUAUUAUCCUAUUACUGACAGCAUUGUACUUCAGGAUAGAUCUUGAAGUGUUCUUUUUGAUGAUGAACAUAACACCAUUCCUCUUCAAGUUGUCAUUCCCAGCACAGUAGACCAUAUGAUUAUCUGAUUAAAAAUGGCCAAUACCAGUCCAUUUCAGCCACUAACACCUAGGAUAUCAAUUUUUAUGCAUUCCAUUUCAUUUUUGAUGAUUUCCAGUUUUCCCAGAUUCAUACUUUGUACAUUCCAGGUUCCUAUUAUUAAUGGAUGUUUGCAGCUGUUUCUUCUCAUUUUGAAUCAUGCCACAUCAGCAAAUGAAGGUCCCAAAAGCUUGACUCCAUCCAUGUCAUUAAGGUUGACUCUACUUUGAGGAGGCAGCUCUUCCACAGUCAUCUUUUGAGUCUCUUCCAACCUGGGGGGCUCAUCUUCAAGCACUAUAUGAGACAAUGUCCCGCUGCUAUUCAUAAGGUUUUCACUGGCUAAUGCUUUUCAGAAGUAGACUGCCGGGUCCUUCUUCCUAGUCUCUCUUAGUCUGGAAGCUCAGCUGAAACCUGUCCUCUGUGGGUGACCUUGCUGGUAUCUGAACACUGGUGGCAUAGCUUACGGCAUCACAGCAACACACAAGCCCCCACAGUACGACAAACUGACAGACACGUGGUGAGUUUCCAACAUAUAAAUAUGUAUAUUAAAAAAACGACACGUGGGGGAACUCAUUAGGAGUAGAAAUAAAUAGAAUGCUUUUCUUCCUGUAGUGUCCAUGCUAAACCUUAUUUUGUGUAUAUCCAACAGGAUUGAAAGCAAGAAUUUAAACAUGUUGGUACACAAGCAGGAAGCCCUGGUGGCAUAGUGGUUAAGAGCUAUGGCUGCUAACCAAAAGGUUGGCAGUUCGAAUCCACCAGGUGCUCCUUGGAAACCCUAUGGGGCAGUUCUACUCUGUCCUAUAGGGUUGCUGUGAGUCGGCAUCCACUUGUCGGCAAUGGGUUUGGUUUUGGUUUGUGCACCAAUAGGAGUCCUGGUGGCACAGUGAUUAACCAAAAGGUUGGCAGUUGGAAUCCACCAGCUGAUCCUUGGAAACCCUAUGAGGGAGUUCUACCGUGUCCUGUAGGGUCACUAUGAGUUGGAGUUGACUCAACAGAAACAGGUUUGGGUUUCUUUGUACACCAAUGUUCAUUGCAGCACUAUUCACAAUAUUCAAAAAGUGGAAACAACCUAAAUGCCCAUCAACUAAUGAAUGGAUAAACCAAAUGUUGUAUGUACAUACAAUGGAAUAUUACUCAGCCAUAAAAAGAAAGAAGUUCUGUUAUGUAGUACAAUAUGGAAGAACCUGAAAAUAUCAUGCUGUAUGAAAUAAGACAGUCACAAAAGCAUAAAUAUUGUAUGAGUCCACUUAUACGAAAUAUCUAGAAUGGGCAAAUGUACACAGACCUAAAGUUAUUAGUGGUUACCAAGGGCAGGCAGGAGCAAGGGGAAUAAAGGGACUCAUUGCUUAGGAGACACUGAGCUUCUGUUAAGGGUGAUGGAAAAAGUUGAAAAUAAAUAAUGAUGGUCGUUGUACAAUGUGAUGAAUACAAGUAAUGUCACUGAAUUGCAUAUGUGAAGAAUGUUGAAAGGGCAAGUAUUUUAUUAUAAACACAUUUACUACAAUUAAAAAAAAAUCAAGUUGAUAAGAAAAAAUAUUUCCUGAAAGUGUUUUGGCCCACAGAGUUUUCUGAAACUUGUAGUACUGUAUGCAGAACUGACUAUACAAAAAAUUGAAAUUCUGAUGAAGUUUAUCUUCUCCAUCUGGUAUUUUUUAUUUCUCCCAAUUUAGUUUUAAAGUCAGAACCAACUUCCAAUAAUCACAGGAAGUCUUCCCUGGGCUGAUUUGGGGAGCGAUUGAACUCUCAAGCUCCUUUGAUGAAACUUGCUCAUCAAUAAUAUUUGUCUGUGAAUGGAAGAACAGGACUUCCCUUGGCCUUUAACAGGUUGGUGCCUCAGACGAAAGCCCUGAUGAUCUGCUUCUGAAAUGUCACAGCCUUGAAAACCCUAUGGAGCUGCAAUCCGACUCUGCAGCACAUGAGGUCGCCAUGAGUCAGGAUCGGCUGGAUGGCAACUGGUUGAAGCUUCUUCAUAUCAUAAUAUCAGGUCCCUCAGUAAAGUGGUGUUUUGUUUACUUGUUAGCAUGCUGCUGAGACUUGGAUUGGGGUUGUGACCUUAGGGACCCUUUCUCUAGAGGAUCCUAAAUUUACAUUUGUGGUGGUGUCUAGCUGGUCCCAGUUCUGCCAUACAGUUUGGUAUGAUUCACUUAGGGUCUGAAGCAAACCUCAAAGGCAGCUGGCCUGCCUUUACACUAUUACUACAUUGCCUCAGGAAAUUUUCUAUUAUUUGAAAUCUGAGGUUCUUAGAGACCAAACAGCUUUUCUGUUUUAGACUUCAAAAAGUCUGAUAGCUGAAGGCAGUUCUGAAUUGAGAUCUCAUAAUUCCUGAGAACACAGGUAUGUUAUUCCUGACUUUUUUUUUUUUUUUAAAAGCAACAUCCUUCUCUUUGUGGAUAGAAACAAUGAGUUUGUCCAGGAGAAACGGGUUCAGAAAUAGGUACAAAAAAUGACUUUUCAUUUCCAUUUUCCCAGUCCCCUUUGCUAUAUCUCACACUAAGACACACACACACACACACAUACACACACAAAUGGAGACAGAGAGGGGCUUCCAUAGGUAAUUUUGGGUCAUCUUUACUCAGACAUUGACAUGUGAGGCGAGACACUGUAACCAACUAGUAUUACUAAAGACAAGAAACCAAGUUCAGAUGGUUGACCAGCAGUCUAAUAAGGAGAUUAAAUAAGUUAGCUUGUAUUAAGUGCUCACCAUAAACUACACAGGAUUUUCUAGAUUUUCCCAAAUUUUAUUUUACUUAAAUUGUUGUUGAUAGCAAGAAAAUUGACUUGCCAAAGUCCCAAAAGUAGUAAGUAUUAAAACUAAUACUCUAACUAAACUUCUGGGCUUCAAAUCCGUUCAUUCAUUCAGCAAAGAUUUAGGGGUCUUUAUACGCCUGGCACUAGUCUAAGCAGUGGGUAAUGAUACACAAAUCGUGAUAAAAAAACAGUCCAAUAGUUACGAGAUUGAAUCUUCUUUGAAGUUCUCCAAUUGGGGUACGAUGGCUGGUGAUGAUUCUUCAAGUCCCUUUAGAAGCAAUUUUUGAAGGAACUUUCAUUUCUAGACUAUCUGUCUCUGUAGUUUGGACUCCACUUUCUCUUUUUGUAAUAAUAAUAAUCCCUUACAUUUUAAUGCUUUUCAAUUUCAAAACAUCUUCUCAUCUGUUAUUUCUUGCAUACCAAAAACCAAACCUGUUGCUGUUGAGUUGAUUCCGACUCAUAAUGACCCCGUGGGAUAGAGUAGAACUUGCCCCAGAGGGUUUCCAAGGAGUGGCUGGUGGAUUCGGACCGCCGACCUUUUGGUUAGCAGCUGAACUCUUAACCACUGAGCCACCAGGGCUCCAUUUAUUAUAUAAGGCAGUAGUAUAUCAAUACUAUCUUUAGGUCUUUUUUAAAAUGUCUUUUCCUUUUCGACGGCACUGGGUUUGGGUUUCCUUUUUAAGUCUCCUUCAGAUAUUUAUUUUAGGUCUUUGCAAGACCUGGGUGGGAGCAAAUAUAGCAGCAUCAGGAUUUGGGUUCAGGCCUUGCAAACCUCCAGGGAUGACUCUAGGUAAUGAGGCCUUUCCUCUCUUCGCUAACUCCAGAUUUCUCCACUUGGUCUGUAUCCACACACUUUUAUUAACAGAGCCGGAAUGGACUAGAUGGGAAUUUUUUUUUUUGGCAAUGCAUAAUAGAAAGGGCUGUCCUUCAAGAAAACACAGAAAGUACCCUGAAUAUUAUUUCCUGAUGAGUGAAAAUGGCAGUCUGAUGCAGCUCAAUCUGGGGUGUGUGAUGGUUAUUAGAAAUUGAACCUACAGCUUAGGUGAAUAUACUCAGGUGAUUAGUAUUAACUAAAGGAAUUGAUCAAAUAAGCAUCUGAGAAGGUGUUUUGGGAAGGAAUUCAGAAUCCAUGCUAAAUCAGCUACAUUUCAUUCUUAGAGUUUCUCCAGCCUGUUUAACCCCAGCUCGUGUUGGGAAAGAGGCUGGUUUAUGAGAUUGGAAGGUGAAUGCCUCCUUAGUCAAAGGUUUUCAAUACUUAACUACCAGUUUUCCCUUCCCAGGCUCCCCCAGCCAAUGAGCAGCAAUAUUUGGCUGGAGCUAUAGACCUUGAACCAACCUCUUCGUCUGGCCAAGGCAGUUUCUUCAUGUGUAUAGCUAUGCAUGAAUAUAGGUAUGUUGUUGUUAUGUGCCGUUGAAUCGGUUCCAACUCAUAGCAACCCUAUAGGACAGAGUAGAUCUGACCCCUAGGGCUUCCAAGGAGCACAUGGUGGAUUCAAACUGCCAACCUUUUGGUUAGCAGCCAAGCUCUUAACUUCGCCACCAGGGCUCCUGUGUGUGUAUAUAUAUACGUGUAUGAUUAUUAUUAUGUAUAUAUAAUUUAUAUCUGUAUCUGUAACUGGAAACCCUGGUGGUGUAGUAGUUAAGUGCUACAGCUGCUAACCAAAGGGUCAGCAGUUCGAAUCCACCAGGCCCUCCUUGGAAACUCUCUGGGGCAGUUGUACUCUGUCCUAUAGGGUCGCUAUGAGUCAGAAUCAACUCGAUGGCACUGGGUUUUUUUUUUUUUUGGUUUAUACCUGUAUCUAUAUAUAUAGAUAUAUAUCACAAAUAUGUUAUGUAUCUAUCUAACUCAUGGAAUUAUUGUGAUUAAAUGAAGAAAUGCACUCAAAAACAGUUUUUUAUACUCUCUAGAAUAGUGCUUCUCAACUGGGGGCAUUGUUGCCCCCCAGGGGACAUAUGGCAAUGUUUGGAGAUAUUUUUGGCUGUCCCAUCUGGGGAAGGGGUGUUAUAGGCAUCUGAUGGGUAGAGGCCAGGGAUGCCAUUAAAUGUUCUUCAGUGCAGAGGACACCCUCUCAAAACAAAGAACCAUCCAGUCCAUAAUACCAGUAGCAGACCCAGGAUUGAGAAACUCUGUUCUGGAACAUUGUAUAGAUUUUUCAAUUAAGUAGUUGUGUGAUGUUGAGGGCAUCAUGUACCUCAGUUUGCUACUACGUAGGAUCAGGAAACGCCCUGAAAUAGAUUACAGGAUACUGUAUCUGCUAAAUUAAAGAAUCUUAUACUCAUGACAAAGGUUGAAAGAACUGGAUAUAACAGAUAACAGAGAGUGUUACUGGUGGGAGAGUUAAUUGGUACAUUGCUGGGUGGAAAUCUAUCAAUAAUUAAAAAUUCUUGAAAAAUAUGAAAUUCUAGAAAUUUAUCCUUGGGAAAUAAAGAGGCAUGAGAAGAUCUACAAUGGUAUUCACUGGAGCAUUGCUCAUAUAUCAAAAAACCAAACCUGUUGAAAUCGAGUAGAUUCCAACUCUUAACAAACCUCUAGGACGCAGUAGAAUUGCCUCCAUAAGGUUUUCCAAGGGUGUGAAUCUUUACUGAAGCAGACUGCCACAUCUUUCUCCCGCAGAGUGGCUAGUGGGUUCAAACUGCUGACCCAGUGCACCAUCAGGGCUCCAGCAUUGUUUAUAAAGGUGAAAUUUGGAAUCGAGGCUGUGAGAUAUUACCACGGGCUCCGUCCAGUAGUGUUUCCCGAGCUGGUUGAGCCAGUUCUUGUAAUACCAGUCACACCGCUUGUGUGUGUAUGGUUAUCUAAGCAUAAGGAGCUGGACUGGCCCCUUCUCUUUGUGGUACAACAUAGAACUUCUCACGGACCUGAUCAUUGCAGCUGAUCAAUAUUAAAAUGGAAUAAAUAAGGUCUUAAAAACUGUACUGCAGACACACCAACAUUUGUAUUUAUAUGAUAUAAACAGGUAGAAGAAUCCAAGGUAAGCCAAGGUCAAGCGGAGCUGAAGCUUUUUUCUCCACCUAGUCCCUUGUUUUUCCCUCUCCCCCCUUCUUUCCACCUGUGUUCUCUUUCUUUUUCUGAGCAUGGUCUAGCCCACUUGACUACCAGGAGCAGUCAAAACCUGUAAACACCUCAGGUUGAGAAAAAACAGUAGGGGAGACAGAAAGGUCUAAAGUUAGGGCACAAGCCAUUCUCCUGCCCUGUCUAUCCCCAAACUCACUGUUACUUCUGAAUAUUUUUCCUACCUCAAAUCUAAGCUAACAUUUUGGCAGGAAGCAAGGACCCAGCUAGAUAAAACAAAAACAAAACAAACAGUAAGUUAUUUUGCUCUGGAGUUAAAUGGCAUAAAAAAUAUUUAAAUGAUUUAUUACUGAUGUGCUUUUCAAUUCAAUAGAUAUUUAUGUGUGCCAGGGUCCUUGGUAGGCUGGGUGGGCCAGAGCGGAUGAAGACAUUCACUGUCCCAAGGGGCUUAGAGCUAUUUAGGGAGUUGGGAGGCUGCUCAACUAAUUGUAUGGUAAUCAACCAAGACUCAAGUGUUUUGAGAAUGUAGAGAAAGGAGAGCUUAAUUGUAACCAAGAUCAACAACAAAGACGGUUGCAGGAUAAACUCAUAAAGAUAUUAAAUUAAGAGUUGCAGUUAAAGUCUCUGGAUUUAGCCUCAGACAGUCCAGAGUUUUAAUUCCAUCUCCAACACGUAUCUGUCAAUCAUCAUUUAACUAUUUUUUAAAAAUAAUAAUAGCUCUCCAGUGCCCAAGUAAGAGCUACAAAGUUUUAGGAGCAGAUAGUAGCCAUGAAAAGGAGAUCAAAUAUAAAAUACACUGGAAAUAACCUAAAGUAAGAAAGCCAUAUGCUAUAUUUGCAUGUUUUAAAUCAUGGAACACUGUUUAUAAAGGUGAAAAAUUGAAAAUGAGGAAGUAGAGCAUUCUUACCGUAUAUACAGUUCCUCCCUGUGUGAAAUGAGGAAAAUAAUAGGAUCAACCUCAAAGAGUUGGUUUGAGAAUUAAAUGAGUUAACUACAAGUAGAGCCAUUGGAACAGUGCCUGGUACAUAGUAAGCUUUUGUUAAGAUUUCUAUAAUUUAUUUAAUUGUAUGUGCAUAGAAAAUGUCAGGAGAUUACUAUAGAGUCUGUACUCUUGGGAGUGGAAUGGGGAAGAGAAGGAAUGAGGGAUAUAUACUCUUUACUUCAUACUGUUUUCUUCUUAAAAAUUAAGUAAAUAAAAUUUUAAUAACUAUGCUGCAGACACAUCAAAAUUAGUAUUUAUAUGAUACAGAAUGGGUAGAAGAAUCCAAGCUCUGAGUCUAUGGGCUUUGGAUUCAGAAAUACAACAGUGUGAAUUUUGGUUCUGACCCCUAGUAAUUAGAUUAUUUUGGUCAACAUUAACCUCCCUAAACCUUAACUUUUUCAUCUGUAAAGUGAGCAUAAUAGCACUCUCUUAGCCAUCUAGUGCUGCUAUAACAGAAAUACUACAAGUGGAUGGCUUUAAAAAAGAGAAAUUUAUUCUCUCACAGUCUAGUAGGUUACAAGUCCAAAUUCAGGGUGUCAGCUCCAGGGGAUGGCUUUCUUUCUCUGUUGGCUCUGGAGGAAGGUCCUUGUCAUCAAUUUUCCCCUGGACUAGGAGCUUCUCUGUGCAGAAACCCCAGGUCCAAAGAACAUGCUCUGCUCUCCAUGCUGCUUUCUUGGUGGCAUGAGUUCCCCAACUCUCUGCUUGAUUCCCUUGCCUUUUAUCUCUUAUAAGAUAAAAGAUGGUGCAGGUCACACCCCAGGGAAACUCCCUUUACAUUGGAUCAGGGAUGUGACUUGGUAAGGGUGUUACAAUUCCACCCUAAUCCUCUCUAACAUAAAAUUACUAUCACACAAUGGAGGACAACCACACAAUACUGGAAAUCAUGGCCUAACCAAGUUGAUACACACAUUUUUGAGGAGACGCAAUCCAAUCUAUGACAAGCACCUACCUCACAGGAUUGGGUGCUAUAAUAUAAUGGAAGCAUGUGCCUUAUGCAUAGUAUGUUCUCUACGUAUAUUAGUUUUCUUCUUUUAUAUCAUCUUGCCAUAGCCUCAUACUUUCAUCUCGGUUUCACUGACCCUUCUUCUCCUCUUGAAUCACUGCAGGCUAAAUAUAAGUUGACAUCAAUGGAGAAUAGUACAGAAGCAACAGAGUUCAUCCUCUUGGGAUUAAGUGAUGACCCCAAUCUUCAGAUUCCCCUCCUCCUGAUGUUUUUGUUCAUCUACCUCAUCACUCUGGUUGGGAAUGGGGGGAUGAUAGUGAUCAUCUACUCUGACUCCCACCUCCACACUCCAAUGUACUUCUUCCUCAGUAACCUCUCCUUUGUAGACCUGGGUUACUCAUCAGCUGUAGCUCCCAAGAUGGUGGCUACAUUGCAGUCAGGGAACAAAGUCAUUUCUUUUAAUGGAUGUGCUGCUCAGUUCUUGUUCUUUGCGGGUUUUGCCACUGUCGAGUGCUAUCUCCUGGCUUCCAUGGCCUUUGACCGCCAUGCAGCGGUAUGUAGACCUCUUCAUUACACCACCACCAUGACAGCAGGUGUGUGUGCCCGCCUGACUAUUGGCUCAUACGUCUGUGGCUUCCUCAAUGCCUCCAUUCAUGCAGCAGACACCUUCAGCCUUUCCUUCUGUGGUUCUAAUGAGAUUCAUCAUUUUUUCUGUGACAUCCUACCAGUCCUGGCCCUCUCAUGCUCCAACACAUGCAUCAGCAAGUUGGUUGUCUCCUUUGUUGUGAGCUUCAAUGUCUUUUUCACACUCCUGGUCAUCCUCAUCUCUUACCUCUUCAUACACUUUGCCAUUCAAAGGAUACGUUCGGCUGAAGGGCGGAAGAAAGCCUUCUUCACUUGUGCUUCCCACCUCACUACAGUCUCCAUCUUCUAUGGCACAAUCAUCUUCAUGUACCUGCAGCCCAGCUCCAGUCAGUCCAUGGACAUGGACAAAAUAGCAUCUGUGUUUUACGCUGUGGUGAUUCCCAUGCUGAACCCCUUGAACUAUAGCCUUAGGAACAAAGAAGUGAAAAGUGCUCUCUGGAAAAUACUCAACAAAUUUUACCCUCAGUCUUUAAGUGUGAAUAGGAAGUAGGCACAUAACCAAAGGAAAAAUCAUCUCUCAGAUCUAAGUGCCUCCAUGACUAUCAAGGUUUGGCAGGUUUCAGUUCUGUCUUCCCCAAGAAUGGUAGUUACUUCUGCUUGAAGAAGAGUCAUAAAAAGUAGCCCUUUGAAAUGCCCCACUCAGGAGGAUACUAUUAUAUGUAGCGAACAAGAACAUGGAACAUUUAAACCCUCUUUGCAUUAGAUUCAUGACGGUUUUUAAAGCAGAAGAUUGAAACAUAUAUACAUGUAAGAAAUUUUCAUUCAAUAUUAAAUUUAUUCUAAGGAUCAAACCUUCAUCUGGAAUACACAGAUAUUGUGUUUUUCAAUCCUUUGGUGCAUGUGUUUGCAAUUUAAAGUUUCUAAUGUUGUCAGAAGAAAUUUCCAUGUUUUAAAUGAUGUCUUGGAAAGUUACAAUUUAGAAGACAGAAAGCUGGACCAAGAGUCAGGUGACCUAGGAUUGAAUCCAGCCAAUCAUCCCAGCCCUCCUUCCCUAACUCCACUGCACCCUCUCAUCGGCCAUGUGCCUUUGCACUCUAGACCUCUUUCAGCUAAAGAGCUGGGACAAUUUUGGUAUAAAAGAAUAAGCCACUUUUUAUACAGAAGUAUGUAACAGUUUCAGUAGAUGAAUUACUUAAA